AUAGGGGGACUAGUGUACAUGGGAGGGGUAUAUUUCCCAGAAUACAACACGAGGGGAGGCUGAAAUAUGACGUUUCUAUUUAAUCAUGGUACCAUUAGGGAGGAGAUGGGAAGAAAGUGCUAAGCUACCCGAAACAUAAACCAAGUUGGCAUUUGCGCUGCACCGGAACAACUGAGCACGCCGUCCUCUGUGCACACUCAUCCACCAGAGGAGGCCAGCCCAGCCGGGACCAUGAGCGAGCGUGGUCCUCGCACGGAGGCCUCCAUGUUUUUGCAGGUGGAGGUGGACCGCCUCGAGCGCGAUGACAAAGAGGACAACGAUGAAGACAAGAUGGCACACUACGACGACGACAAAGAUGACGACGACUUGAUGUCGGCACCCUCGGGCUCCCGCGUCUACGACCGCACUACGGUGCUCAUCGAGCAGGACCCCAUCCGGCUGGACGAGGAGGGAGAGGAGGACCAUGGACACUGCGUCGGGGGGGACCACGACGAUGGGGGCACUUUCCUGGUCGAUGAGGAGGAGGAGGAGGAAGAGGAGGAAGGCUCUAUGACCUUCAUGGGCGACCAGGACGGCAUGUCGCAGGGAUACGUGCAUCACACCAUCUCGCCCGACCAGAUCCAGUUCAUCAUCAACCCGGGGUCCAUGGCCAUGCCACGCAACAUCGAGGGGGCCACCCUCACCCUGCACUCGGAGUGUCCGGAGACCAAGCAAAGAGAGGUGAAGCGGUACCAGUGUAUGUUUGAGGGCUGCACACGGACCUACAGCACGGCGGGCAACCUGCGCACACACCAGAAGACCCACCGGGGCGAGUACACGUUUGUGUGCAACCAGUUGGGCUGCGGCAAGGCCUUCCUCACCUCCUACAGCCUGAAGAUCCACGUGCGCGUUCACACCAAGGAGAAGCCCUUUGAGUGCGACGUGCAGGGCUGCGAGAAGGCCUUCAACACUCUGUACAGACUGAAAGCGCACCAGAGACUGCACACGGGGAAGACGUUCAACUGCGAAUCGGAGGGAUGCACAAAGUACUUUACCACACUCAGUGACCUGAGGAAGCACAUUCGUACUCAUACAGGGGAGAAACCAUUCCGGUGUGACCAUGAUGGUUGCGGCAAGGCGUUUGCUGCCAGCCAUCACCUAAAGACACACGUGCGGACACACACAGGGGAGAAACCUUUCAACUGUCCCAGCAACGGCUGUGAGAAAGCAUUCAGCAGCCAGUACAGUUUGAAGAGUCACGUCAGGGGCCAUGGGGACAAGGGCCAGCCCUUCAGUGUCACCCUCACUCACCCCCUGUCCGAGGAUGCAAAUCAUUCACUGUGCCUCAGUGACUUGAGCCUCAUCUCGACUGACUCUGAGCUCAGAGAAAACAUCCACAAUUCUCAGAACUUGGACUUGAACAAUGUUACCCCCGUGAGGAUCUUCGAGCUCAUGUUCCAGAGUCCGGAGAACAGUAUCAGUCAAGACGAUGCACAUCCUCACGAGAGCCUUGUCGAAGCUUUUGGCCAGGAGACUUGUCAGUCCACCAUGGGCGAUGGAUCCACCCCCAUCUCCUUCUCAUUCUCCCUGGUCCCUUCCUCCUCAUCGUCCUGUUCCCACCCACACUAUCACCCUCACUCCGACACCACCUCCACCACUGUCCUGGAGGCUUCCUCCCAGCUCCCUCUUAGCCAAACCCCCUCUUCCCAACCGCCAGCAUCUCCUGCCACCAUUAGUAAUGUUACCGCAAUCAGCUCCACCCAGCCCCUUGCCACCUUCGUACCCUUACCCACUGCCAUGCAGACACCAGAUAUGCCUGCCCCCAACGUGGCGCUGCCCGUCCAGACCACUCCAAUAGUGCCCUCUGCUGCGCCAGUAUUGGUGCCAGGCCCAGCCCUCGCCAACGCGGCUCUGGGCACUGUAGUUGCUGCCACCCCCACAGAGACUGUGCCGCUGCCGGCCGUGGCUCACACACACAACGUGGCCAGCAACACCAACCCUGCCCUGGCGCCCCCAGCCUCUGCCCCCACCAUCGCCCCAAGUCACAGCCACACCCAGAGCCUGCUGCAGCCCAGCAUCGUCAUGUCCGACCAGAACCUGCAGUGGAUCCUUAACACCGCUGCCAACAGCCAACAGAACCCAGAGCAAGCGCCACACGGAGGUCCAAAAGUGGAGAAGGUCUUCUUUACCACAGCCAUACCAGUAGGAGGCAAUUCAGGCAACUCUGUCCAGCAGAUCGGCCUCAGCCUGCCCGUCAUCAUCAUCAAACAGGAGGAGUCCUGCCAGUGCCAGUGUGCCUGCAGGGACUCUUCUAAAGACAAGCUCUCGAACAAGAGCAGCAACGCCUCGGCAGCACCACAACAACAGCCCACAGUCCUCCCCGCUCCUCUACCACCCUCUGCUCCCGUGGCACUGCCCUUUUCCCCCGUUCUCCCCCCGGCACCCUCUUCCCCCUUGUGCUGCCUCCCACCGCUCACCUCGGAAGUGAACGAGUCCCCUCCUCUUCCCCAAACAGGAGUGGUACUAGGACCGGGUAGCCCCUCGACCUCUGUACAGACGUUCCCCCCAGGGGUGGCCACGGCGACCACCAACCCCCCUCCUAUCACGUCCAUGGUGGCCAAACCAUCCGUGUCGGAAUUCCUGUCCCUGCAGAGCCCCGAGAGCACGGCCAACAUCGAGGCUCUGCUACUGGUGACCAGCAAUGAUGACUUCACUCUGGCCACCGCUGGCACUAGCACCACCACCAACCCCUAGUGGACACUCAGGCUUCGUCCCUAUUCUCCACUCUUCUCUUGCAUACUCCCAGUCAUGGAUUUAAAAGCAUUUUUGUGUAAGCGUUGGGCAGAGGGAGUUUCUACCAUUGUUAAAUUAAAAGGAGUGUGCAUAUGCACACCAGGAGAGGAUAUAGAAUCAGGACGCAGCCGUACUAGCCGAUUUACCCACUACGCAUCCGCUUUUCAAGUAUUGUAAGUGAAACUUAAUGAGGGGGCUUAUUUUGAAAUAGCAGCUAAAUGCAUGCCAUUCAAGAAAAGUGUUCUAAAUUAGCUGGCUCUCCGUCAAACAAGACAAGGUCCUAAGCACUGAUCAUUUGAAAGGCCCGAGGAACUAUUGUGUGCUUCUAAUAUGGCGUGAAGCUGAUUCCUGAGAGCAACAAAACAUUGUCUAUAUCCAUGUACUGUACAAUAGUUCUUAACUGUAACUAUUAUGAUUAGUUGGUAAGUGAUUGACCAGAAUGCACUGCAUGUGAAGUGAAUUGGAAUUUCAUCAACUAUAUUUCCUACAAGGAAUUAGUGUUGCCAUUCCCUUAAAAGCAAUGUCUUGCUAAUGCCAUAAUGUGAAGAGUAAUUUCCAGUGUUUUACCUAAAUUAGCUAGUGUAGUCCAGAUCAUUGUUUUGUCUUUUGUCUCACUUUGUUUGUUUUUUGUCUUUCUUUACAGGCAUAUUUACUAAUUGAAAAAGAUAUUGCCUGUAACGCAAUUUGCUUGCCUUUUAAAUAUAAUUUAGAAGUAAAUGCAUUAGUAAUAAGCCUAUAACUUAAUAUUUAAUUUGUCAAUAAUUUUUUAUUUAUUGGAGAGAGCGAAAAUCUAAAUCUCUGACCUUAGACUGUCAUCAAGUCACAGCUUAUUCAUCAUCAUUGUAAUCAUUGUUAAUUUAUUCCACUUUUCGCCCAAGGUUUCUUUUUUAGUCCCCCCCCCCCUGUUACUGAUUUUUGUUUUAUGGAGCCCCUCUGUCUGUUUUAGAAAGCUGUUUCAACACAACGCAAUUAAUUAUAUAUCAAGGUUGUCAAAAGUCCUAAAUUGAGUUUUGGUCAGCAAAACCUUUUCACAAUGAAGUCAUGAAUCAAUUAUGAAAAUAAUUGCUUACGACACUGUUUCUCUAUGAAUUAUGACGCACUCAGGGAUGCAUCAUGGCAUAUCUCAUUUAUACAGCUUGAGAUUUUCCUUUAUUUAAUAACAGAUUGUCCAUUUUGACAUUUUAGAAGGCAACUGCCCGGAUGCCCAUCGAGUGUAGUAGCCCCCUUUUUCGGCUGCACUCUCCCCUCUUUGUGCACCGUCUAAUAUGACUAGUUAUCUGCGUUAUUACUAUGACUAUUUAAAUACCACUGCUGUCAGAAGGGGUUUCUGAAGGGUGUUGAUGAUGGUGUAAAUACAUUACAUUUAAAUAUAUGAACACUUAUUCCUUCAGAUUGUUUAAGAAUGUAUUUGUUUUGUAUAUACAUUUUGAAUAUGUAGACUUGAACCUUGGAGACUAAAGACAAUACCCACUGCGCUGCCCUUUGUCUUUGCAUUCUGCCCCCAUGCGGAUGCUCUCACAUCUUAUGCAGAAGAGUUUUUAAAAUUAAGCCUAAUAAUGGUUAGUUUUAGGGCCACUGGCUACUGUGCAGUCAACAUAGUAUUUAUUUUCAAAUGCAAGUGUAAGUAACUUUCUUAGAGUAUAUGACAAUAUUGUUUCACAUGGGACAUAAUGCAAUGAUUACAACAAAAACAAAACAAAAUUGCAGAGAAGGCAUUAUGCCCAAAUAUCAUGUGUAGAGCAACCUAGCCUUACUACAGGAUAUCUCACUUGCUGUGGCUUACUGAGCAGUCUCCUUGUCUUGUCAAUCUUUGCCUAUGGCUUGAUUUGGACACGCUGCUUGACUACGUUCUCCUGUUUAUCUAGUCUUGUUCAAUGCCUUUUAGCAGCUGUCUACAAGUGGACAAAAUUACAUUGAAAAGAAAUGCUUCAUGUUUUGUUUGAAGAUUUAACAGAUAAAUGUGCCAACAAAUCAAAUGAUCCCAAUUAUUAUUUUUAUGUAAUUUUUUUGUGAAGAUGUUACUGCAGAAAUAUACUGUAGACUGAUAUUGUUUCUCUUGAUUUUUUUUUGUAGUACUGUAUUGGAGACAACUUAAUACUUUAUUUUACCGAUCACUACAUCAAUGUUGUAGUUGGAAAUUAGAAUUACAUCAACAUUUUAAUUGCUACUUCACAGGCAUUGAUUGACAGCAGCUAUCAUGUUCUAUUAUUUAGCAUGUAAAGGGUGACCGAGAUCCAACCUAGGCGUCAUCAUGUAUCAUAGGAUAACAGAGUACGCAGGAAAUCUUUGUGUGGCAGACCUGAGUAAGAGAAAUUUGUAAACUAACUUCCUGGCAUUGGAAAACUUCCUGUUUUGAGAUUUAACUGAUACCAAAACUUGAUGAUAACCUGGAAUAUUUAUUAAUGUGUAGUUAGCACUUAAAAUUGGGUCCACUAGAAUGUGAAUUAUCAAAUAUUAAAUAAUUAGUUUCUUAUUGAUAUUUAUACUAAAUAAAAUUAUUAACGCAACCAUUUUUGAAAGAUUUUAUGGAGUUAGUUCAGAAAAGGAAAUCAGUAAAUUUGAAAUAAAUUCAUUAGGCCCUAAUGUAUGGAUUUCACAUGGGUGGGCCUGGGCCCACCCACUGGGGAGCCAGGCCCAGCCAAUCAGAAUGAGUUUUUCCCAACAAAAGGGUUUUAUUACAGACCUAAAUAAUCAUCAGCUGUCUCGGUGGCUGGUCUCCGUCAAUCCCACAGGUGAAGAAGUUGGAUGUGGAGGUCCUGGGCUGGUGUAGUAACACGUGGUCUGUGGUUGGAUGUAUUGCCAAAUUCUCUAAAACAAUGGAUGUGGCUUAUGGUAGAGAAAUGAACAUUCAAUUCUCUGGCAAAAGCUGUGGUGGACAUUUCUGCAGUCAGCAUGCCAAGUGCGCGCUCUCUCAACUUGACAUCUGUGGCAUUAUGUGCCCAGCAUAAGGUGCACCUGUGUAAUGAGCAUGCUUUUUAGUCAGCUUCUUGAUAUGCCACACCUGUCAGGUGUAUGGAUUCUCUUGGCAAAGGAGAAAUGCUCACUAAUAGGGAUGUAAACAAAUGUAUGCACAAAAUUAGAGAGAAGCAUUUUGGGAGUAUGGAACAUUUCUUGGAUCAUAUUUAUUUUCAUGAAACAUGGGACCAACACUUUACAUGCUGCAUUAAUAUUUUUGUUCAGUAUAGGUAUUCCCCCUGACAAUGCUGGUCAAUAACUAAAUGUAUUAUAAAUAUGAAUCCUGACCCACCCCUUUACUGUCCUCAACAUGUUCACCUCCAAUUCGAUGCAUACCUAUUUAAAGAAAAAUAUCUAUGCAAUGAUUUGACUGCAGUUUUCCUUAAAGUACAAAAUGCAACAACAAAAAACCUUACCAACCUUUUAUGUCAAUGUCUUGGCCAAAGUAAUUCUGUUAAAUCAAUAUUCAGGUUUGCUAAUGUCAACUUUGAAGGCUCAACUUUCUCAUUUGCGAAGCUCCAUGUACGUAAUCAUUUUUGCUCACCAAUCUUUCAGUAUUCAACUUAGUGGUAUGACCAACUUAGCAUCCUAUUUUGAUCACCAUGAUCAUCCAUUUUAUGUGAAGGUCCAAUUUAUUAUGUGUGAUGUAUCAUGUUUGAUGUGGGGCUGUGAGCCUGGGCAUUGAAAUGUUUUUUUAUUUUUUAUUAUUACCCCCAUUGCUUUCCAUUGAAUUGUCUCUUUUUUGUUACAUGUACUUGUUUUGCCUCCCAUGUGAGUUAUCUGGUUAAACACUAACUGGAUUUGUUUCGGGAAAAAAUACUACAAUAUGAUUCUGUUGUAAGAAUUAUUUGUGUCAAAUGUUGUACGCUGCAUCUUUUUUUAAAGUUUUGGGUGAAAGACAAUCAUAUUUUCUUGUGUUCUCAUACUGUAUGUGCUGUUUUUGCUCAAGUCAUCUCAAUUAACUUUAUGUUAAUCUGUAAGGGUGAUACAAAUUUGGACCCGAUUUGUUAGACCCAUUGUUCGAAUUGAAAGUGCUGGUUCUACCUUUGCUAGAAGAUACUGACCCUACUGUUAUGCUUGUUUACACUGAGCUGCACUAGACUCAAAAUGCAAUCAUGGUUACAUUAAGGCACUGGAGCCAGCACAAGAUAUGGGUGGGAAAACACCUCAGUGCAGGGAUGGGAUAUGCCACUGUACUCCAAAAAACUGCAUUUUUUAUCCUCAUGCUAGCUAGCAGUAGCCACAGCAGCCAUUGUGGAAUAGCACAGAUACCCACUAGUUACCACAACCGCAAAGUCUGAAUUGGCUGUAUUGUAAAACGUCAUGAAAACAAGCUUUCUUACUGUAAGGAAAGGCUUAGGCAUAAGAUUAGCAUUGCGGUUAAGGUUAGGUUUAAAAUUACAUUUUGGGGAGAGAAAUGGAAGAAAUAGGUGGGGUUUAUGACUGAAUUCAUGAAAACAAAAACUUUGCUUUUCUUAAUUUAAGGUAGGCAGUGUGAUUAGGUUUAAAAUCACAGUUUGGGAAGAGACCCUGCCCUUUCUAUGUCUGUAGUAGCUACUGAUGACCAAUGGCACAUCACAUUGAACGAAGAAGCUAGCUGAUUGGCUGACUGCCAUUCCAAAAUGGCUAUGGUGAAUACUGCUAGCUAGCAGGAGCACAAAAAUUAUAGUUUUCAGGGAAAACUAGCAGUAUUUCAAUCUUCUCUGUGGAUCUGUGUAAAGGUCAAAUUGAGUACAGUAGAAUAUCCCAGAGGUACGUUUUCCGACACUUACCUCGCACGAGCUCCACAGUGGCCAGAGCAGCAGGUAGCCUAGCGGUUAAGAGUGUUGGGCCAGUAAUCGAAAGGUCGCUGAAUCGAACCCCAAGCCAACCAGGUGAAAAACCUGUCUGUGCCAAUGAGCAAGGCACUUAACCCUAAUUGCUCUGGAUAAGAGCGUUUACUACAUUACUAAAAUGUAAACGUAACCAUGGUUCUGACCCCGGUAGAGCUUUUUAAACAAGGGUUGAGUCUGUCAUGUUCAGCCUUUAUGGAAUAGAUUUUACUUAACCUUUAGGUUAUAUUGUCAGGCGAAUAACAGCUCAAAUGGGGAUUUAUUUUGUAGCCAAUGGUCAGAUGCUUAGAAUGGUGAGUUCAUAGGUGCAAAACACUGGCGGAGGUUUUAAAAAAGCAGUUUGUAUUUUGGAAUUCUGUUCAUAGUUAAGUACACAUGAUUAUUUGAGCACUCAAUAUGUAAAAUGAGGGGGAAACUUAAUAAUCCAUAGGAAUGUCUUCAACACCCAAAGAGUGAGAAGUUGUGAAGGAUUUAUAUUUUUAAAAGAAUGUAUCAUGUAAAAUUGGUUUGCUUACGCUUGUUUUGUAUGAAGUAGUAUUGUAUAAUAAAGCAAUUACUUUUUGAAUUGAGA